AUGACAGCCGGGACAGUGGUCAUCACAGGCGGUAUUUUAGCUACAGUUAUCUUACUGUGCAUCAUCGCAGUACUGUGUUACUGUAGACUGCAGUAUUAUUGCUGUAAGAAGGAGGAGUUGGAGUCGGAGGAGGAGGAGCCCGACUUUGCAGUGACGUCCCGCCUCCCACCAGUCCACUCCAACCAUAACAUCGUGGCGGCGUCGGCCGCCGCCUCCACCCCUAACGGCCCCGCCCUCUUCACACCGCCUUUAGCGCGGAAACUAACGCGCUCGCAGACAUUCUGCCCAUCGUGCACACACCAUGACGUGCCCUUCUACCUGCAGCAUCCGGAUGGCCUGCGGAACGGCGGCGACCGCAUCAGCUACCGUAGCAUCCAACAGCAUGACCUGGAACUGCCCUUAGAAAUGCCCAGCUACCACAAACUGAACCUGACCCGGUCAGUCACCAUGAGGGACAUGUUCAACCGCAGCUGCAGCAUCAGCACUGACGUCUAG